UCAGGACUUCAUGCUGGCCACCAGAGACCAAACCUAAUGGCUUACAACUUUACUAUUUGAAAGAACAAGGCAAGAGACUCUAUAUGUAAAAAAUUGAGGAAUUUUUGGAGAAGAAUAGUGCAAUUGUUAAAAGACAGAAAUGAACUACUACUUGUGUGUGAGUGAUAGUGAGGUGGAAGUAUAUAGUUUUGAAUUUUUAACACAAUUUUGGAGUGUUGUGUUGUGGUUGUGGGGUAGCAUAGAAGUACAGUAGCAGUGGUAAUAAUAACAAAAAUAAUAAGGUGAGAGAGUGAGUGAGUGAGUGAGUGAGUGAAUGGUGAAAUUAUUAGAAAGGUAAAGUUUGAUUUGAAGAAGGAAAGGGAAGAAGAUGGAGAUAGAAGAUUUGGAUUACGUGCUGGUGCCUAUUGGUAUGUUGGUGUUGUUAUUUUAUCAUGCUUGGCUCCUCUACACUAUAAUCCGUCACCCAUCUAGCACUGUUAUUGGUUUGAAUGCUCAAACUCGUUAUCAAUGGAUUCUUUUCAUGAUGUCUGAUCCAUUGAAAAAUGGAGUUUUAGCAGUUCAAACAAUCCGGAACAAUAUCAUGGCAUCUACUCUUCUGGCUACAACAGCAAUCACACUAAGUUCACUUAUUGGUGUUUUUGCAAGCAAUGAGUCAGAGACUAAAUUAGUUUAUGGCAACAAAUCUUCCAUUAAUUCAUCAAUAAAAAGACUUUCUAUGUCAUUAUGCUUCCUUGUUGCAUUUCUAUGUAAUAUGCAAUCUAUAAGAUACUAUGCACAUGUGAGUUUCUUAAUAACUACACCUGCACUCAAAGGCAAAAAAGAUUUUAUUGAAUAUGUUGCUAAAACAUUGAACCGUGGAAGUUAUUCUUGGUCUCUUGGCUUAAGGGCUUUCUACUUGUCAAUUCCUCUUGUCCUAUGGAUUUAUGGUCCCAUACCUAUGUUUGUUUGUUCUUGCUUCACAUCAUUUCUUUUGUACUUCUUGGAUACAACCACUCAAAUCACAAGGGAGAUUCACACUAAGUCAUUCAGGGAGAGGGAAAGUACUGCAGAAGUGGAUGCAGCAGCAUAGGUUCAUAUAUAUGUAACUGUUAUAUUGAAUGAACUUGAUAAUAAAUAUGAUACUUUUCAUCUGUAGUAUUAGUUUUUCUAGAAGUUCAGUUGUAGAUUUGUUAAAUUGAGUGUCAUUUACGCGCAAAUGCAAAGACUAAUUCCUGAAACAAUGGGAAAAGUGGAAAAAGGGCAAAAAAGACUAAUUAGCUGGUUUUGAGACCCAUUCUGCUUGGAUUUGAUUCUUCCGGAUGAUGGUUCCUAUCUUCUGUUGCUGCUGAUGCUUCUUUGGUUGCUCUUUUAUGUUGCUGCUGAUAUUACUUAUUAGUUAGUUUGAUUUUGGGUUAAUUUUGUAACAAGUUUAAAGCUUAGUAAAUUUUAGUUUGAUUGAUAUUAUUAUGCUCUUUGUUUUUUGUUUGACAAACUCUCGAUGCUUUCUGAUGUUGCAUCGUGAGUUUGAAAGGAGGUGUUAAAUAAUAGGUAUUAGAUUUAUAAGUGUUAUUAGGCUUAUAAGUUUGUGCCUUUUAGUAUUCUAGUCUUUUAAGUUGCUAUAUAUAUCUUUGUAACUUUUUAUUUUAUGAAAGCAAUACAAGUGAUAUUUCAUUGAACUCAA